CCGAAGUCCCGCCUCUUCCGCUCACACAGACGGACCAAUCAGAGGCGCCGGUGCGCAUCGAUGGGACGUCGCGUCAGCUGCCGUCGUGUCGGGAUUGGAAUGUUACCGUCUAACAAUCGGAACAACUGAGCACUCGGUAAUUGGACACUAGGCUCGCGGAAUCCCGUCUUUUUUGAACCCUUUCUCUCAUAUUUACUCCGCCGUCUGCCCGGCCUCGCGUGGAUCGGAGAAGUUCGCCCGCUGCGUGGCUCCCCGCCGACCGGGUUUUUAUUCUAGAUCGGCGCGUCUGAGGGAAUGAGGGGAGGCUGUGAGAAAUAAGCAGAGAAAUGCAGGGAUUCGUCAGGUUACAGUUGCACCGCUGAGCUGCUCCUGCGCUGCGACGCUCCUCCGGGUUUUUUUCCGCUUCUCUUCACACGGGACCAUGGAGUGAUACAACACGGGACCAGUUCACCCCGAGCUAUUUGGAUCCGAACGCGGCGGCCACACCGACGUUUCUUUCUUUCUUUUUUUUUUUUUUUACACUCCCUGGUCAGUUACCGAGUUUAACAUCCACACCGGGGUAUACCUUUCCGUCUGGGAGAGCCUCGGGGACCCCUGCUCGCUGUUCAGCCGGGGGGAGAGAGAGUUCCCAGACGGCUGUCGGACACUUUGACCGCCUGAGGAGCUCCACACGGAUCAGGCUGAAUGAGGGAGAGGAGGCGCGCAGGGGAAGAGAGUCUCCGCGUGUGAUUUGUGUCCGACACGGUCCGGUACAGCUCGGCUCUGUGUUCGGUGCCCCCCACUGAAGGCGCUGUGAGAUAUGCUGGAACUCUACAGAAGAGGGAGAACGGGACAACACUUUUAAAAUCGCCCACAUGCACUGGAUCAAUUGCUGGAUUUGGGAACCGAAUACUCAGAAGGGGGGUUGGGGAUCCUUGGAGGUAGCCGGAGGAUGGAGCGGUGUAGCCGGGGUUGGUGAGAGCCUCACUUCGGGCCACUUUACAUUUCUUAUUCCUAAACAACUCGCCCCUGUUCCCAGGACACAUGCAGGCCAAAAAACGCUACCUGAUCCUGCUCUCCGCCGGUGCAUGUCUAGUGCUUCUCUUCUACCUCGGAGGAGUUCAACUUCCAGCGGCGAGCAGGAGCCGGCAUGACCGCAGCAGAAAUGGGUACCGGUCCGACCAGCCCUGGCCUCACUUCUCGGACCCGUUACACCUCUUUCUGCCGUGGGAUCAGACCGAUACCGAGGAGUACAACCUGCACAUUUCUCCGCGGCAGAAGAGGGACAUCAACACGAGUGUUUACAAAGGCAAGCGGUGCCGCAUGGACUCCUGCUUUGAUUUCUCCCUGUGCCACAAGAACGGAUUCAAAGUUUAUGUUUACCCGCAGCAGAAGGGCGAGAAGAUCUCAGAGAGUUACCAGAAUAUUUUAUCCACCAUCGAGGGGUCCAGGUUUUACACAUCAGACCCCGGACAGGCGUGUCUGUUCGUCCUGAGUUUGGACACUCUGGACCGGGACCAGCUGUCCCCGCAAUAUGUCCACAACCUGAAGACCAAGGUCCAGAACCUGCCUCUGUGGAACGACGGCAGGAACCACCUCAUAUUUAACUUGUACUCGGGGACGUGGCCGGACUAUACGGAAGACCUGGGCUUUGACAUCGGUCAGGCCAUGUUGGCCAAAGCCAGCAUCAGCACCGAGAACUUCAGGCCCAACUUCGACGUGUCCAUCCCCCUCUUCUCCAAGGAGCACCCGAGGACCGGCGGAGAGAGGGGGUACCUCAAGUACAACUCCAUCCCGCCUUUUAGAAAGUACAUGCUGGUGUUCAAAGGGAAGCGCUACCUGACAGGUAUCGGCUCGGACACCAGGAAUGCCUUACACCACGUCCACAACGCGGAGGACGUGGUGCUGCUCACCACCUGCAAGCACGGCAAAGACUGGCAGAAGCACAAGGACGCACGCUGUGACAAGGACAACGCGGAGUAUGACAAGUAUGACUACAAGGAGAUGCUUCACAACUCCACCUUCUGUUUGGUGCCCCGCGGCAGACGACUGGGCUCCUUUCGCUUCCUCGAGGCGCUGCAGGCUGCGUGUGUGCCAGUGAUGCUGAGUAACGGCUGGGAGCUGCCUUUCUCCGAGAUCAUCGACUGGAACACAGCCGCAGUCAUCGGCGACGAGAGGCUCCUGCUGCAGAUCCCAACCACCGUGCGCUCCAUCCACCAGGAUAAGAUCCUGUCCCUUAGACAGCAGACUCAGUUCCUCUGGGAGGCCUACUUCUCCUCGGUGGAAAAGAUAGUGCUGACCACGCUGGAGAUCAUCCAGGACCGUGUGCUGGAGCACGGCUCCAGGAGCAGCCUGAUGUGGAACAGUCACCCCGGGGGGCUCUUCGCCCUGCCGCAGUACUCCGGAUACCUGGGAGACUUCCCCUUCUACUACGCCACACUGGGUAUUAAACCGUACCCUAAGUUCACAGCAGUCAUCCAUGCCGUCUCCCCUCUGGUGUCUCAGUCACAGCCCAUCCUCAAGCUGCUGGUAGCUGUGGCCAAGUCCCAGUACUGUGCACAGAUCAUUGUCCUGUGGAACUGUGACAAGCCGCUCCCCGCCAAGCACCGCUGGCCUGCCACCUCAGUGCCCGUCAUCGUCAUCGAGGGGGAGAAUAAGGUGAUGAGCAGUCGUUUCCUGCCCUACGAGACCAUCGUGACUGAUGCGGUCCUCAGCCUGGAUGAAGACACAGUGCUGUCCACCACAGAGGUGGACUUUGCCUUCACCGUCUGGCAGAGUUUUCCAGAGCGAAUCGUAGGUUAUCCCGCCCGCAGCCACUUCUGGGACAGCAACAAAGAGCGCUGGGGCUACACUUCCAAAUGGACCAACGAUUAUUCGAUGGUGCUGACGGGGGCCGCCAUCUACCACCGGUAUUACCAUCACCUGUACACCAACUACUUACCCACAAGUCUGAAGAGCAUGGUGGACCAGCUGGCCAACUGCGAGGACAUCCUGAUGAACUUCCUGGUCUCUGCUGUCACCAAGCUGCCGCCCAUCAAGGUCACACAGAAGAAACAGUACAAGGAGACCAUGAUGGGACAGUCUUCGAGGGCUUCUCGCUGGGCCGAUCCGGACCACUUUGCCCAGCGGCAAACCUGCAUGAACAAGUUCGCCAGCUGGUUUGGCGCCAUGCCACUGGUCCACUCCCAGAUGAGACUGGACCCCGUCCUGUUUAAGGACCAGGUCUCCAUUCUCCGCAAGAAAUACAGGGACAUCGAGAGGCUCUGACAGGACCGGCGCCCCCUCGGGGGGGGAGACCCCACGCAGGGGGAGGCGCGAGAGAGAGACUCUGUGGAGAGUAGAAGGAGUAGUAGGACUACAGCAGGAUGGACGGGGAGCGACACAGCUCUGUCUUCCACUCAGCACAUUGCCAAUGACCACAGCGCCGCUGCUGCCAGGACUUGACGUGGGAAGGGAUGAACAGGACUCGAGCAGAUGGCGUUUGGAUACGAAAAACACAAACGAGAACGGCAAAUACAGACAGACAAAGACGAGUACACAAACUGAUGGACAUGCCAAACAGUUCUGUAUGUUUUGCAAAAAAAAAAAAAGUGCAAACACGCAGCACACACUACUGACGACAAGAACUCUUGGAUAGAAUAUUUUUUUGUACAACACGGACGAGGACGAUAUUUGACUUUCCUGCUCUCUCGGCACAUGUGCAGGAUGGUAGAAGAGGGAAGGUGUUUGUGAUCGCAAAACCUGGCAACCCCACCCACCAUAAAUCCUACUGGUCGCCCCUAGCAACCCCCUCCCCAGUCUGCAUCAGGACAUAAUACUGGACUCACUACCAAACCCCUGCUUUAUUGCCCAGGGAAACCCUGUUUUUGAUUUGAUUUCUGUGCAAAUCAGCACUCUGGUAUCACUGUUCUCUCUGAGGUUUGAAAUCAGAGCGUCAUCGGUUCAAUAUUUCCGUUCUGACGGCAGAAAAGGUAAACAACCUGUUAUUUCAGCAGCCUGACACGCUUUUUACAGCAAAGCAGCCAUUAUUUCCUGAAAUUCUUGGCUCUCGACACACAUCCUUGAGCCUGAAGUCUGAAACAUCCUGUCUGUCCUAUCCUCGGCUUUCUUGAUGUGCUGAAAUGGCUUUUCUAAUGGUCUAUCUGCUUCCAUGUUAUCACUAAGACAAGUUAGAAAAACAUUGCGUUUCAUAUCCCAUUUUCCUCUCAUCCUCGCCAAGGCAGUUGUACUUUUCUCAUCUUUUUUUUUUCCACUUACUUUCAUCAUCUUUUAUUUCCCCCUCAAACUCAUACUUUCACUCUUCUGUGUAUGUGUGUGUGUGUGUGUGUUUAUGUGUGUGUGCGUGUUGUGUGUACAGAGCCUUGAGAAGUUGGCUCAUCCAACCAUAAGCUCAAGCGGAGUACAUUUUCCCUCCGUUCCAAUGAGCGAAAAUGAACAUUUCUGGAUGAAAUGGAGCAGAACGUUGCAUUCUAACCCAAACUCGUUUCGCCAAUUUAUUUCUCCCUGCGCGGCCUCGCUGCAGUGUCUUCACAGGGAGGAGUGGAAUAAGAUUUCAGAACGUAGCAGGUCUUUGGUGACCGCCGUCAUUUCACAGGAGCACAGUGGAGAGAUUUCUUUUUCAGUGCCAUUCUGACAUCAGGGUCUGCCUUUAAAAAUUGUUUAUUGCACAUCACAUUGCCUACAUGAGUUUGAGAUGCUCUCGUGUUGAAAUAUUUUAGUCAUCAGUCCGAUAUGGCACUCCUGCCACCGCCGAACCCAGCAGUGACAUAUCAGAGGAGCUUGAAGCCAUUACACUGACAAAAGGUUUUCUCCUCCAUUUGUCAGGCAGAGAUGCGUUCGGGCUUCAAUUAGGUAAACCUAUUUCAUUUGGAGUGCCGUUUUUUAUUCCCGGGGGACAAGCUGUUGAUGAAACACUCUAACAUUAUGGGCCAUUGUGUUGUGAAAGCAGUGACCCACACACACAUGACCUGCCCGGGAGGACAGCUCGCCCUGCAUGUUCCGUUACUUCUAACAGUAUCCGCAUCAAACUGCCUAACAUUUCGCACCUUAAAUUACCUUGUCGGUGUCAGAUCACAACGCUAAAAUAACUGUCUAUCACACCCUUAAUUGAUCAUUUCAAGCUCGUAGCUAUCAUUACAUCUGCGUGCGCGACAGUCCACUCUCACAUCCAGCUCCAAAACACUUGAAAUGAAAGCAGCGUGCUUUUAGUGGCCUUUCUGUCAGGCAGGCGUCCAGCGCGAUGUCUCAGCCAAAGCCGUUCAGUGUGUGUUAAUCAGUAACUGUCAUCAAUAUCAAUCAUGCAUUCAGUGACUCUUUUACUUUGAGCUUUUUUUUCAUUGAUUUGUGUUCUUUUAUGUCAAAUGUAUUCAGCCUUUACAACAUCAGCAAAGGUCAUAUCAGUUGCUCCCACAGCAUUUCAUGUCACACGACGCCCUCUCAUGUAUUCUCCCUUCUCUGUUCUGAAUGUCAUGUUUGUAUUUACAUUCUGGGACUUAAAGUUUGGAGUGUUAUUUGUUCGCCGGCAGAGAUUUAUGAUGUGUUUAAUGUUCGCUCAUCGACAGCGUGUUAUUCUGGGAAGAACUCCUUGCUCGGCCCGCAUCUGGUCCCUAUUUCAUCUCUCUGAGAACCACGUUGUUUGAAUCCAUAUCAAACCUUUUGUGUCUGAUUAUUUGAAUUGCUGUUGUUGAUCAUCUCAAAGAGAAAAGAGCGUCCCCCAGCUUUGCAGAUAGUUCACACACACACACACACACACACACACACACAAUCCCCGCGACUCUCAGCACUGUACAUAGGCAUAUAUUUAUUUUUGGAAAAAAGAAAGGACUGUGUACGAUUUGAGAUGACGUGGCGAGAACAUAAGACUGAUCCUGCAUCGCUGAGGGGAGUUAAUGGUAUUUAUUCAGUUUAUUUUCUUCACGCUGUGCACAUUAAUCCACAAAGAUGCCAAUAUUCAGCUCAUAUUGUGUUUCACUCUGCAUUGGUUUUCCAGGGAAACGCACAUCACGCUCUGUCUCAGAGAGAGAUAGAACAUUUUCAGAGUUGUAGUAGGAGAGUUUGAACUCUAAAAGAUUGCAUAAAACCACUGAUCUAGAAUUGGAUUGGGCCGCACCAUCUUGGCUCUCCGUGGGAGUCAAAUUGCAAAGUCCCAAUAAAGACUACGCCAACUGAAACAUGGAAAAUAAUAAGCAGCUGGGUCCUCUGAACCAGAUGGAAACAUUUUCAGAUUCUGCUGCACCCCCCCACCCCAUGCAUUACAAUAAUGAGUCUGAGGCUGCGACACAGUUGAGUUUAAAUUGACUAUUUCAAAGCUUGAAUUCAGGUCAGAUAACUUGGCAACAGAAGGUGCUCCAUCUUUCAGUUGGCGUGGCUGCGCGGUGUAUCGAGUCCAGAGCUCAGUCAUCAGUGUGAUUAGAUACGAUUUAGGGCACCAGGAAAACCUCUGCAGCCAGUAGAACGCCUCUGUCACGUCUGUCAUUUGAUCAGGGGGAACAUUAUGCAAGUUAUCGUUGUGCGCUUCAAAAACCAGCUGAAGACGGUUUACCCAAAACGUGCCAGGCAGUUGGUGUUUAUAGUGGCGGUGGUGGCGUGUGUGCUGGAAACUAGUCUGUUCUUGAUUUGUGCCUUUUUUUAUCAACAUGUGAGCUGUCGACAUGCCGAGCACUGUCUGUCCUAGACUUAUUUCCAGUAGACAGGCAGCAAUAGCACCGCAUGCAGGGCCCCAGCAGCCCUGCCUUCAUACACUGGAUGAGUCACAACUUCCAUUCUCUUAUUAUAACAUCCCGUUUUUCAUCUUUGUGUUUGGACACUGUUGCUAAGGCGACAACGUAUGACCACUUCCUGUUUGGGAUUAUUUAUCAGUGAUUUGGCUGUAUCGCAUUACCAAUCAGCAGCACUGUCUGUUGAUCUGUAAGGACUCAGUCGAGCCCAGCUGUCCCGAUGCCUUCUCCUCCCUCCUACCUUGUAAUUAACAGAAGACUUUUAUAGAGGUCACAAAUGAAAUAGAUAAAAGCCAAUUUUGUAAGAAUGAUUUAUAAAAAAAAUAAACUCAUAUUUGAUGAUAA